GGCAGAGGAGGGAAGUUUCUGAAGCGCACAGCAGCCUGAACUUGCAGCCCUUCAGCACAAUGGAAAACUGCACGGCAACCACCAGUGAGAGCACUAUGGAAUCUUUGGCAAACAGCCUACAGCAAUUAAAAUGCCAUUUCACCUGGAACUUGAUGGAGGGAGAAGAGUCCUUGGAUGAGUUCGAGAACAGAGUGUUCAACAAGUGCGAGUUUCAGAACAAUGAAUUUAAAGCCACAAUGUACAACCUAUCGGCCUACAUAAAGCAUCACAGAGGCCAACAUGCAGCAGCCCUGGAAUUCUUGGGGAAAGCUGAAGAGUCAAUCCAGGAAAAGUAUCAAGACCAAGCAGAGAUCAGAAGUCUGGUCACCUGGGGAAACUAUGCCUGGGUCUACUAUCACAUGGGCCAAUUCGAACUGGCUGAGAGUUACGUGAACAAGGUGAAACACAUCUGUGCAAAGUUUUCCAGCCCCUACAGAAUUGAGAGUCCUGAGCUUGAGUGUGAGGAAGGAUGGGCUCGGUUAAAGUGCACAAAAAAUCAAAAUGAAGGAGCAAAGAUGUGUUUCCAGAAGGCUUUGGAAAAGAACCCAAAGAGCCCAGAAGCCACCUUUGGAUGGGCCAUCGCGAGCUACCGUUUGGAUAACAGGCCACCAUCUCAGAACUCCAUUGAGACCCUGAAGAAAGCCAUGGAGCUGAAUCCACACAAUCAGUAUGUUAAAGUCCUCUUGGCUCUAAAACUUCAAGAGGUGAAUGAAAAGGAUGAAGGAGAGAGCUUAGUUGAAGAAGCCUUAAAGGAAGCUCCAGAUGCAAUGGAUGUAUUGUGCACUGCAGCGAAGUUUUAUAGAAAAAAACCUGACCUAGAUAAGUCUAUAGAACUGCUAAAAAGGGCCUUAAAACACACGCAAGACAAUGCCUACUUGCAUUUCUACAUUGGGUGCUGCUAUAGGUCAAAAAUCCUUGAAACAGGGAACAGAAGACAGAAUGAAAAUGUCUGGGGAAGAGAGGAGUUACAGAAACUAGUAAGACAAGGGGUGGAUCACUUAAAGAAAGUUGAGAAAAAUGAAAAUUUCCAGCAUAUCUGUAGCUAUAUUGCUGCUCUCUAUGCAAUAGCAGGUCAAUAUGAAGAAGCAGACCACUACUUCCAAAAAGAAUUCAGGAAGGAGCUUACUCCUGUGGGUAGACAAUUGCUCCACCUGAGGUACGGCAAUUUCCAAUUGUAUCAAAGGAAAUGCAAGGAAAAGGCCAUCCACCAUUACCUAGAGGGUCUGAAAAUAAACGAGGAAUCAAAGGAGAAAGAAAAGAUCAAAAUCAAACUGCAAAAGAUUGUCCAAUAACGACUUUUCUAAAAAAUGAAGCCGAUUCCGAAGCUUUGCAGAUCUUGGCAUUGCUUCAGGAGUUGAAUGGAGAAAUGCAAAGAGCAGAUGAAGACUCUGGGAGGGAGAUGGACUCAAAGCUUCAUCCCUUCAGACAGAGAAUGAGAUACAGGGACUCGGUGCCCAUAGGGCUUCAGCUGGCACAGGGCUGAAAGCCCUCCACCACAUUGUUAUUCAAAAUAGUUAAAUGACUGGUGUGGCACAGCAUGGACUAAGACACUGGCCAUAGACCUGGAUUGGAGUUGUGGGAGAACUCUGCUGUGCCAUCCACAGCUCAACUCCAUAUUCCUUCUCUCCGUGUCUCUCUCCCUCUCCCUCUCCCCCGCCCCCGACUCUCUCUGCCUUCUUCCUCUUGUUCCCUAGGCAAUACUCAAUGUCAAGUGUCCAUGCAGCAUGAAUUCCAUUUUCCUGUUAACCAUGGUAGAAAUGUUGUUUGAAAAAAAGUGAGAGUAAAGACCAAGUCAAAUCCAGAAGGGGCCUGUCUAGGAGACCAUCAAGCAGCCACAGUUCAAGACUUUCAGGAUGUCCGUGGGAAGAUUCUGCCUCCCAUCUGCCCUCCCUAAAAUUGUAAUACAGCAUGUAAAUAAGAAAAAGGAAUUCUGUACCAAAUGUGUCAUUUAGAAACUGAAAUAUACAGUUCUUUAAGACCUCUGUGGAAAAGCAAAUGUCUCACACAGGAUAAGCAAAAGAGAGAGAAGGGAGUGCUGGUUUCUCUUUGUAGAUUGUAAUCACUGAAAGAAAUAUUUACUAUUGAAACCACUGUUAGGAAAAUUUCUUUGUAAUUGCUUUCUUCAAAAAUGCCUUGCUGAACUCAGGUUUGAGAUGAUAGGAGAGCAGCUGAAUAGAAGAAUAACUUAGUGACUAAAGGCCUAGUGGAAAGUCUUAAGGAAUUAACAUUGACAAUGAAUGGUGGGAUUUUUUUUUCUCCUUUAAGAAAUAUUGCAUAUUAGGUGAUAUAAACACUUCUUUUAACUCUGAAAAUCUUCAUAAAUUUAAGUUUAUAUUAGUAUUUGUGAUUAAACAAUUAAAACGGUAUGUAAAAUUCAACAUUUUUUUAAAUUAAAAAUUUCAACUACUGGAACAAUAGUUCAUGUGUUGAAAAUAUAUAUAUUUGAGAUCAUCAGUGUACACAGUUAAAAUUUCUGAAAAAAAGUCAUAGGUUUUAUUAACAAAUAAAUUUGAGAUUAGUAUUCUGGUUUAUCUGAAAUUUGGUUGUAUCUUAUGUCUUUUUAUACUUAACUUCUGAUAAGUAAAAUAUUGUGCUGAGUAUGAACUGGCCCCAAAUAAGCUACACUAGUCUGAUAUCAUAAUCACAAAUAGAACAGCCUUAGGAGACGAGGGCUUCUAUUUAUACCCAUCACCUGCCACAUGCACACAUGUGCAUACAAACACCCUGCCCCCCACAUUGACAGGGUGUGGGGUGCUGUCCGUUUCUCUGUUCAAUCUUGUGCUUUUUGUCAUAUUCUCUCUUCCAACCUCUAUUAUGAGAGAUGAGGAAGUGUCACUAAUUCUGUUUAGUCCUGGAGGCAAUCCAAAUAUGUGUUGGAGUUUUCCUUAUUAUGUAAAUAAUAGAAAGAGACAUGAAGCCCAAAAGUUUCUCUUCCUUUUCAAAAGCUCUCUAGUGGAAAGUGCAAGCCAUAGAGGCACAAUGAUAAACUCACUCCAUCAGACAAGGGGAAGUUUCAGCUCAUUUUGCCUAAGUAACCGAUUAUUUUGUCUGGUCCCCAGGGAAGAAAACCAGGCGUGUUCUUGAUGAAAGGCAAGACAGAAGACCAUUAAAACCUGUGUGUGCUAAGGAAAGUUUAUCAGGCACGUGUAAUCUUCUUAUUGCAUGUCACAUCACCAAGCCCUUGCUGAAACAGGACCCUGAGAGGGUAAAUGGGGGAAAGGGUAGAGUAAAAAAAUAAAUAAAUAAAAUAAAGGUAUUAUGUCCAACUACAACUAAAAAUUAAAUACUAAAAAAAAGAAUAAGCAUUAUUAAUGUAAAAUGUGCCACCUCUUUGGAAAACCAUUGCAAUCCUCAGGUUGUUCACCAAAUCCAUUCCCAGAUACACACCUAGGAGAAGUGAAAGUUUCCUAGAGGAAACUUGUAUUGAACAUGAAUAUUCAUGACAGUCAAAAAAUUGAACCCAUCAACUAGCAUAUGGCUAUCUUAAAUGUGGUAUAUCCAUACAGUCAAAUUUGGGGGGCAACUAAAACAAGUUAAAUACUUACUGAUACAUGCUAAUAAAGCAUACAUGAACCUUAAAAUCCUUAUUUUUAGUGAAAGAAGUCAGACACACAAAGUAUUAUAUGAUUUUGUUUGUCUAAAGUUGGCAAAAAUAGAUUAGUAGGUGCCUAAGGCUGGGUGUGGGGAAGAUUUAGGAUGAUAGCUAAAGGGUACAGGGUUUCAUUUGGGGAUAAUGAAAAAUCUUCUAGAAUUGUAGAAUUGUAUAUUUUAAAUGAAUGAAUUCUAUGGUGUGUGAAUUAUACUUCAACACAGCUGUGUUGAAGAAAUGAUUGCUCGUUUCAAGUGUAUAAAAUAAGAAAACUUUCUUUUGUCACCUUCUAUUUAUUAUUGCUGCUUUAAAAAAUAUUAUAUAGUGUCUUCCUUAUUGCUAGCCUUUUAUUAUUCUUGCAACCAACCAGUAAAUUGGAUACAUUCUAUAUUCUGUUUUCUGAGUAUGGGUAUAAAAAUAUAGUCCUGUCUGAUUUUGUAUUUAUAUGCCCAUCCCUAGAAAUCAUUCACCUGCAAAUGAACACACAGGAAAAAUUCAAAUGCGGAAAAAAAUGUGACUUGUAAAUAUAAGUUCAAAUGUAUGUGAAUUUAAAAAAGUAUGUUAUAUAAGUUUAAGAAUAAUAUGAAUGUUUAAUUAAUUAAUAUUCAAUUCUUUGAUUGACAAAUAACACUGUACAUAUUUAUCAUAUAUGACAUAAUGUUUUGAAAUAUGUAUAUACUUUGAAAUGACUAAGUCAUGCUAAUUAACAUAUGCGUUACCUCACAUACUUACAUUUUGAGGUGAGAACACUUAAAAUCUACGGUCAGUGAUAUUCAAGAGUACGGCAUGUUGUUACUAAGGAUAGUCACCAUGUUGUACAAUAGAUCUUUUGAAAUAAUUCUUCCUAGCUUACAGAAAUUUUGUUUCCUGUGGCUAACAUCUCCCCAACUCUUACGCCACCAGCUUCUGGUAACCGCCACUCUAUUCUGCCUCUAUGAGUUCAACUUUUUUAUCAACAUAUAAGUAAGAUCAUGUGACACUAUGUUUUUUGUUUGUUUCUGUGCCUGGCUUAUUUCAUCUCCCAUAAUGUCCUCUAGUUUCAUUCAUAUUAUUGCAAAUGAUAAAAUUUUCUUUUUUAAAAAUGUUUCAUACAAAACCCAAUAAGGAGAUAUUCUAAGAGGAUUUUUUUCAAAGAGCCCUAUAAUCAAUUUAGAUUGAUUAAGAGCUGUUUUUCAGGCUGUUUCUGAGGCCUCUGUUUUUCUCUGUUGGAUCUCUGCCAUCUUUGUAAGUUACCAAACUUUGUACCUAUCUAGUGAUUAAAUUGUUUUUUUGUGGGACUGGGGAGUAAAACCCAGAUCUCAUUCAUGCUAAGCAAAUGCUCUACCCCUGAACUACAUACCCAGCCCUAAUGACUACAAUUUUAAAUAAAAAACAACAAGAUCUUUAUUUUCAUUUGUAUUCUUAUGCAUAUAGUAUAGGUAUAUGUUUGGUAUGUUUUGGCAGCAUUUAUAUUAAUAUAGGUGUUUGUAUAUCAUCUAUGUCAUACCAAGCUAAACUAGGGUGAUCACAAAUUGAUAAACUGUUUCUACAAUUUACAUGAUUUUAGUAGAUUUGGUAAAUAAAUAUUAGUAUUCUCCAAGUAGACAUUUCUAUGGGGGUGGAGGUUGCUGGGAUAACCCUGGGGUCUCAACAUAAGCUAAUGGCAUGUUCUGCCACUGAUCUACAACACUCAGCCCUGGUCAGAUUUAUGCACAUUAAAUAUUGUACAAUAUACAGACA